CGCUGGUUAUUAUCUCGAUCUAUCGUCUUUGACAGCUCGCAGUCUCCGCUAUAGCACAGACAGCAAGCAGGAUCGGAUAGGCUAUAUCUCAAGAUGCUAAGAGCGAAGCCUUUACAUAACCUCAUGCCUAUUGCGAGAACUAACAGGCUUAGCUUGUCAGCCCUGUGCACCCGCGAAUACAAGGCAUCGAGAUGUCAGCCAUAACCAGUGUCGGCGACAAGCAGCAUGAUCAGGGGUGGAACGUCCUGGACCGGGUUUCGGAAGGCCCUGUGGCCCAUUGCGUUGAGGGACUUGGUGGUCACCUUCCGUUUGGCUUUCGCCUCUCGCACCGUCCGCACCCUAUGGAAUUCGAAGAGCUCGGGAGUCCAGACGAGGAAGACGCAGCAUACGAGGUGAAUCUGGGGAAUGAGUACGUUACCUUGCGUACUUUCCCCAGGACUAUCGAGUUGUGUCUCUUUGCUUGUCCUCAAGAAGCCCGCAAUGAGGAGCACGUCGGCCCGCAGACGUUCGAAAUGGUUCGCAAGGUCGUAGUCUGGGAUCCUAAGACCGAGGUCGGUACUCAGAUCGAUGCGCGAUUCUUGUUGGAACAACGUUUGAGACGCGAGGCGGCCAAGUGGGUUGCCCUGCAGAAAGCGUGAGAGAGCAUUGUCGGUUGGAUUAAGCUUGAUGCGGCAAAGGCGACCUCUGUGAUUCGUCAAAUUCCGUCCCCU